AGACCAACUUGGCGCCGCGACCUCAUGUGAAACAUCAUCCGCACUAGCAGGAUCCACAGUCCGACCGACGUUGUGCUCUGCGGUGGAACGAACAAAAAACCGCGAUGGAGACGCGAAUUGUGUACGUUUGAACUGCCCUCCUGCUCUCUCUCUCUCUCCCCUCCUCACGCCGGAAACGACAUUAACCGCGCAUACGCAUCCAGCCGUUUAUCUGAGGCGUAAACAAGGGCGGACGCGACGAUGUGGAUCCAGGUCCGCACCAUAGACGGGAAGGAGACCCGGACCGUGGAGGAUCUCUCCAGGCUGACCAAGAUCGAGACGCUCCGGGUGAAGAUACGGGACAUAUUCAACGUCAGCCCGCAGCAGCAGCGCCUCUUCUACAGGGGGAAGCAGAUGGAAGAUGGCCAGACGCUGUUUGACUACAACGUGGGUCUCAAUGACAUCGUCCAGCUCCUCAUCCGCUCCCAAACGGACCCUCCGGACAGCCCCUCGGCCAAGGGCUCGCUCAAGGACUCACCCAGCGUGUCAUGUACCUCUGUCCCGACCUCCGCCGUCCCUCGCUGUGAAAGCCCCGCCUCCCCUGCGCCAGAGUCCCCUGUUGCUAUGGAAACCCCCACCACUAAAGACAAUGACAGCAGUGACAUUAUCGACCCUGCCAGUGAUACCAAGGCGGACACGGUUACUCCUUGUGACUUAGCUGGCACCAAAAAUGGACUCAAGCCCCGCAGUCCGACGCGGGACUCCCAGCCGCCCACAUCCAGCAAAAACACGCUGGUGGACCCUGGAAUCGGGGUGUACAAAAUUAACGAGCUGGUGGACUGCCGAGACGUGACCGUAGGCGCCUGGUUUGAGGCCUGCGUGGAGAACGUGACCCGUCCUCCUAAAGCGCCCACCAAGGGCAAGGUGGGGCGCCCCCCCAAAAGGACUAACGGCAAGCUGGAAGGCGAACAAGGCCAAAGCACGGACACUAACAGGAUUAACGCUAAUGCCUUGAACUCUGAAACCACCGGAGCGUCCACCUCCCAGACAACAGACUCCACGGAGGUCAAAGGCCGAGACGAGGACGUUGUCUACCACAUCAAAUACGAGGACUAUCCAGAGAACGGACUGGUGGAGAUUCGACCAUUGCACGUGCGACCACGCGCUCGGACCCUGCUGCGCUUCGACCAGCUGAUGGUGGGCAUGCAGGUGAUGGUCAACUACAACCUGGAGACGCCUGAGGAGAGAGGUUUCUGGUUUGACGCCGAGAUCCAGACUCUCAACCAGACCUCCCGCACCAACAAAGAGCUCAGAGUCAAGAUUCUCCUGGGGGGUCCUGAGGAUGUGAUCGGGGAUUGUAAGGUCCAUUUUAUGGAGGAAAUCUACCAGGUGGAGAAACCAGGAGCGCCGCCGUUGUCGGCUGCAGACGGACAAUUUAAACGGAAGAGCGGGCCCGAGUGCAAGCACUGCAGGGCCGACCCGGACGCCGAGUGCCGCUUCUGCUCGUGCUGCGUGUGCGGCGGCAAGCAGGACGCUCACAUGCAGCUGCUGUGCGACGAGUGCAACAUGGCGUUCCACAUCUACUGCCUCAACCCGCCGCUGGCCACCAUCCCGGACGACGAGGACUGGUACUGUCCCACCUGUAAGAACGACACCAGCGAGGUGGUCAAGGCCGGAGAGAAGCUUAAAGCCAGCAAGAAGAGGGCCAAAAUGCCCUCAGCCACCACAGAGAGUCAACGGGACUGGGGCAAGGGCAUGGCUUGUGUGGGGCGCACCAAGGAGUGCACCAUUGUUCCCUCCAACCACUAUGGACCCGUUCCCGGCGUUCCUGUGGGGACCACGUGGAAAUUCCGAGUUCAGGUGAGCGAGGCCGGCGUUCACAGGCCGCACGUUGGCGGUAUCCACGGUCGCAGUAACGAUGGGUCCUACUCCCUGGUGUUGGCGGGGGGCUUUGAGGAUGAAGUGGAUCGGGGGGACGAGUUUACCUACACGGGCAGCGGGGGCCGCGACCUCUCAGGGAACAAACGCAUCGGAGAGCACUCGUUUGACCAGACCUUGACCCACAUGAACAGAGCUUUGGCCCUUAACUGUGACGCCCCCUUGAACGACAAAGACGGGGCCGAGUCCAAGAACUGGCGGGCCGGCAAGCCGGUCCGAGUGGUCCGUAGCUCCAAAGGACGCCGCAUCAGCAAGUACGCCCCCGAGGAAGGCAACCGCUAUGACGGCAUCUACAAGGUGGUCAAAUACUGGCCUGAGAUAGGAAAGUGCGGUUACCUGGUGUGGCGGUACCUGCUGAGACGUGACGACCAGGAACCUGCGCCAUGGACCCCUGAGGGACUGGACAGGAUAAAAAAACUGGGUCUCUCAGUUCAGUACCCACCCGGCUACUUGGCAGCCAUGGCCAACAAGACGAAGCGCGAGGCGGUCGCCAGGCCGGGUCACGGCGGACGCGGGCGCAGCAAGCACCAUUCCGGCAGGGGCCGGGGGAGGGGCCGGCCACGGAAGCACCCUAAGAUCGCCAAAGAGGAGCACGAGGAGGACGAGGACUUUGAGCAGCUGAUUGCCGCUGUGGAGGAGGACGAGGAGGAGGAGGAGGAAGAGCAGCAAAGCAACGGCGAUCAGAAGACAAGCGGGGACAGCGAAUGGACCCCGCCGGCCGAGCCUCCAUCCAAGCGUGCCAAGGUGGAGGAGGCGUUCGAGCUGUCGGAGCAGCAGCAGCAGUUGAUCGGAGAGGACACGGCCAAUAAGAAACUGUGGGACGAGGCCUUGGGACACCUGGCAGAGGGACCGAACUUCCUGCGUAAGAUGGAGCAGAUCUUCAUGUGCGUGUGCUGCCAGGAGCUGGCCUACCAGCCCAUCUCCACCGUCUGCACGCACAAUGUGUGCAAGACGUGCCUGCAGCGCUCGUUCCGGGCGGAGGUGUACACCUGCCCCGCCUGCCGCCACGACCUGGGCAAGGACUACGUCAUGACGCAAAACAAGACCCUUCAGAUGCUGCUGGACCAGUUCUUUCCCGGCUACAGCAAAGGCCGAUGAGAUCUUAGUGGAAGACACACACACACACACACACAAACACACACAUUGCAUUGCACUUGCAGCCAUUUGUGUAAACGUACAAUCACACGCACACAAACCACCUCAGUAGGUUCUGACCUCAUCUGUCCUCCAUAAACCUCACCAGCCUGAGAUUUCCCAGGAAGGACGCACGCUCGCGGAAGCACGCUCGCAAGCCCGCCACACACCUUAACAUUUAUUUACAUCCAUCCUCUGACUUAACGGCAGAGAGUGCUUAUUUGCAUAAGCCGCCCGCCAUGUUUCACUCCUGCCAACCCGGGGUCUUCAUGCUGGGUACCAUCAGUACACUUUCCAACUGUCCUAACGCACACAAUAAGCACUUCGGCCUUUAGUAUAAACAACCACACUCAAUGGAGUCAUGCAGAACCUCAUUAGCAUUCCUAAAACAUGAGAAAACCGCCUAAAAGUGGCACCCGGUGAGCUUAAGACCCCAAACUAAAAUACUCUAGCACUUUUUCCACUAAUUCCACCUCAUUCUGCUUUGUUUACGUCGCGACGAGAUGUUUUGUUUGUGCGGUACAAACUUCCAAACCAUCUUAUUUGUAAAUCUUCUCAUAGGAGACAAGCACACAGUGUUGGCCUUUUCUUCAAUGCAGUACUGAACUGUCAAAUCACAAACACUCAAUCGAGUCAUGCAGAACCUCAUUGGCAUUCCUAAAACAUGAGAAAACCACCUAAAAGUGGCACCCGGUGAACUUAAAACCCCAAACUAAAAUACUCUAGCACUUUUUCCACUAAUUCCACCUCAUUCUGCUUUGUUUACGUCGCGACGAGAUGUUUUGUUUGUGCCGUAUAAACCUCAAACCAUCUUGUUUCUAAACCUUCUCAUAGGAGACAAGCGCACAAUGUUGGCCUUUUCUUCAAUGCAGUAUUGAACUGUCAAAUCACAAACACUCAAUCGAGUUAUGCAGAACAUCAUUGGCAUUCCGAAAACAUGAGAAAACCGCCUAAAAGUGGCACCCGGUGAGCUUAAAACCCCAAACUAAAAUACUCUAGCACUUUUUCCACUAAUUCCACCUCGUUCUGCUUUGUUUACGUCGCGACGAGAUGUUUUGUUUGUGCCGUACAAACCUCAAACCAUCUUGUUUGUAAACCUUCUUACAGGAGACAAGCACACAGUGUUGGCCUUUUCUUCAAUGCAGUACUGAACUGUCAAAUCACAAACACUCAAUCGAGUCAUGCAGAACCUCAUUGGCAUUCCUAAAACAUGAGAAAACCGCCCAAAAGUGGCACCCGGUGAGCUUAAGACCCCAAACUAAAAUACUCUAGCACUUUUUCCACUAAUUCCACCUCAUUCUGCUUGGUUUACGUCGCGACGAGAUGUUUUGUUUGUGCCGUAUAAACCUCCAAACCAUCUUAUUUGUAAACCUUCUCAUAGGAGACAAGGGCACAAUGUUGGCCUUUUCUUCAAUGCAGUACUGAACUGUCAAAUCACACUCAAUCGAGUCAUGCAGAACCUCAUUGGCAUUCGUAAAACAUGAGAAAACCACCUAAAAGUGGCAUCCGGUGAGCUUAAAACCCCAAACUAAAAUACUCUAGCACUUUUUCCACUAAUUCCACCUCGUUCUGCUUUGUUUACGUCGCGACAAGAUGUUUUGUUUGUGCCGUAUAAACCUCAAACCAUCUUGUUUCUAAACCUUCUCAUAGGAGACAAGCACACAGUGUUGGCCUUUUCUUCAAUGCAGUACUGAACUGUCAAAUCACAAACACUCAAUCGAGUUAUGCAGAACCUCAUUGGCAUUCCGAAAACAUGAGAAAACCGCCUAAAAGUGGCACCCGGUGAGCUUAAAA